CGCUACCUGAUUUUACGUUCGAGCCAGGCUCGGUUUAAUGGCCAUCAUCAUCACCACCAUCAUCAUCACCAUCAUCAUCCUCCUCAUCCUCCUCCUCCUCUUCGCCCAGAGCACUCCAGACGCGUCAGCGCCGUCUGGGAGGACAGGAGGCGCAUGGCUGGCCGCUCUGCCUCCGAACUUGCAUCGUGCGUCAGGGAAACUUAGGAGGCGGCAGCGAGUUGAAGCGAGCAAAGCGAGAGCCGCUGGACUGCUGCCUGCUGCGACUCAGCAUCGCAGAGGCAGUUUGGAGCGGGGUUUUUUUUUCCGGAGCUGAAACGAAGAGGAGCUUUCAAGAACGUAACGCGCGCUGAUGCGCUUCGUUACGCACAAGCGAGGAGCCUCGGUGCGUUUCAGGUGACGCGAACGGGACGAUAUUACUUACUAAUCGCAGACAUACGCGUCAAGCCUCCGCGGAUACCAGCGAGAAAGUUGACUAAAGGGGAGCCGAACGCUGUUUUGGGGACCCUGGAACGUAAGAAUGGACCGCAGAAUGGAGAGAGAGAUCGCGUUAGGCUGAAGUGUGGAAACAAGUUUCACUCCAAGAACGAAGUGAUGCUUGUUUUGUUUUCCCUCUUUUAGUAUGUCAAGCAGCGCCAGAGACGCGAGAUGGGGCACUUCUGGGGGAAACGUAUGCGUCCUAUAGAUGCGAGCGUCCGUCCUGGCUGGAACUGUAGCGUGGACCAAAUCAACCAGACACGCUUGGACGGUUAUUAACGAGGACCAAUCAGACCAACGCAGCGCAAAUACAAUCGAUAGCCUGUAUCGAUAAGCUCAUAUAUAAGGCUAAUGAUCGCGCUUGCUUAUGUUUGCCUAACAUGCUGGGGGAGAAUACGCUGUGAAACCAUCAGCAGAUGCGCAAGGACCAGGUACUGAGAAGAAGAAAACAUUCCCCGUUAAGAUAAAACGGUCAUGUAACUGAAUUGGAAGUUUUUCUCAGCUUAUGCUUUAAUGGUCAAGUCAUGCUAAAUGAGAACGUGGUCAGAGAUACACACAGGGGUCAUCAGUUUCUGGCUUUGGGAGAGGUAAUGUUGAGAUAAUGAUGUACAGUUUCUUGCAAAAUGACUGUGAGCACGGCGAUAGAUCCCACAGAUCAUCUGGUCACUCGGCUGUAUGCCGCUGCUCUGAUUCCUGUGUAAUCUCUAACGCUUCGGACUAUUGGAAUUAUGGGGUGACUGCUGCUGCCGCUACUCGAUGAAAAAGCCAUGGAUGUGAACUACUCCACGGUCCUCGACAGCAAUCUAGCACAGCGUGGUUCGUCGAAGCGCGUCCUGACCGGAUGCUUCCUUUCGCUCCUCAUCCUGACCACUCUGUUGGGGAACACGCUGGUCUGUGCCGCUGUCACCAAGUUUCGCCACCUGCGCUCCAAAGUCACUAACUUCUUUGUGAUCUCGCUGGCCAUUUCCGACCUCCUGGUGGCCAUCCUGGUGAUGCCAUGGAAGGCGGCCACUGAGAUCGUAGGGUUCUGGCCUUUCGGCGCCUUCUGUAACGUCUGGGUGGCCUUUGACAUCAUGUGCUCCACUGCCUCCAUUUUGAACCUGUGCGUCAUCAGCGUGGACAGGUACUGGGCCAUCUCCAGCCCAUUCCGCUAUGAGCGCAAGAUGACCCCAAAGGUGGCUUUCAUCAUGAUAAGUGUGGCAUGGACACUGUCCGUGCUCAUUUCCUUUAUCCCCGUGCAGCUGAACUGGCAUAAGGCUCAAAGCACCAGCUAUGCAGAGCUGAACGGCACCUACGAUGAGGUCCCCGACAACUGUGACGCCAGCCUUAACCGCACGUAUGCCAUCUCCUCCUCCCUCAUCAGCUUCUACAUUCCGGUGGCCAUCAUGCUGGUCACCUAUACUCGCAUUUACCGUAUCGCCCAGAAGCAGAUCCGCAGGAUCUCUGCCCUGGAACGAGCGGCCGAAAGUGCCAAGAACCGCCACAGCAGCAUGGGCAACACUGGCGGCAUGGAUUCCGAGAGCUCCUUCAAGAUGUCCUUCAAGCGCGAAACCAAAGUCCUCAAGACACUCUCGGUCAUCAUGGGCGUGUUCGUGUGCUGCUGGCUGCCCUUCUUCAUCCUCAACUGUAUGGUGCCCUUCUGCGAGCCCAACGAGAGCGCAGACUUCCUGUGCAUCAGCCCCACCACCUUCGAUGUCUUUGUGUGGUUCGGCUGGGCAAACUCCUCGCUCAAUCCCAUCAUCUAUGCCUUCAAUGCCGACUUCCGCAAGGCGUUCUCUAUCCUGCUAGGCUGCCACCAGCUCUGCCCCGGCAGCAACUCCAUUGAGAUUGUGAGCAUCAACAACAACGGCGCCUCCGAGCCUGCCUCGCAGUAUCAGCCCAAGGGCCACAUUCCCAAAGAGGGCAACAACAGCAACUAUGUGAUCCCUCACAGCAUCAUGUGCCAGGAUGAUGAAGCACAGAAGAAAGAGGAUGACUCUGGGAUUAAGACCUUGGAGAAGCUCUCCCCAUCCAUGUCUGGCAACCUGGACAGUGAUGCCGACAUUUCCCUGGAAAAGAUUAACCCCAUCACUCAAAAUGGACAGCACAAAUCUAUACCUUGCUAAAUUUGCUGAGGUUAAUGGGGUUUAGGACCACAAAAUGGUAUGGAGGACACAUGCAAAAGAACCCUGGCGUGGAAGGAGUGUGGGAUUUAAACAAACAAGAAAUGAGACUGCGUUUCACUGAAAACCUUAAACAACAUCUUGACUAAAUAAAAAUUGUGAAGAUCAAAAGAAUGUUCAAAUUGAAGGCACUUUAUCUGGAUAACUAUCUGCAAAAUACUCACAGCAUUUGUUGAUGAAAUUGCCAGGUUAGUUAUACAUUAAAUAACUUGAAUAAAGCAGUGCGUCCAUAUGUACACACAUUUUUUUGCGCAGUGAAAUGUGUUUACAUGUGCAUGCCCGUUCAGUUGUGGCAGGAAUACUAUUCAAGCUGUUGAACUAUGGAUAAGGCAUUAGAACAUUAGUAAAAUCUUGUAGGUGAGUUCUUUACAUUAAUGUGUACUGCUCACAAGUAGAGAUAUUGGUCGCACCUAUUUACUGUCAGCAGAAACGUGUAUAUAGCGUUGUUUUUAUUUUUCACUGUUUAUCAGAGUUGGCUCAGUUGACAGCUCCAUAUGCUGCUAGUUGUGCUAAUUUUAUUUCAACAGAUGCAAGCGCGCUCAAAUGUCCUAUUAUUCAAGGAGAGUGGUAGCGUCGCUCAGCUACUCCUUUAUGUGCAUUGCUGUGACGUGAGCCUGAGGUAACAAAGAGUCUGUGCAAUUUGAGUUUGAUUUAUCAACUGAUGUAUCAGGUAUUUCGGUGUAGGAUUCACCUCAGCUUUAAAAGUAUGUCUUCAUAAAAACCCAUCCUUCUCAUUGCUAAUGCAAGCCCGCCACAAAUAAUUUGACCAGCACAAUGUAAAAUGUGGUCUUUGAGAGGUUCCUCAUGUUGUUCACUCUGUCAAAUUAUGUAGGGAAACCUAUCAUACUAGAAAAACACAAAAGCAGAAGGACAUUUGUUCAAGUUCCCAAGAAGUCUGAUGUAAAUCUGUAUGCAUUGCUGCUAUUCCCCACAAAUUCGGUGCGACCAUCCUCUGCGCAUAUACUUGUCAGCACAUAUGUUAUUGUAAGUUGGGUCAGCCAGACAAAACAAGACACUGUGGUUGCCCUGAAUAAAUGCAUAGAUCGACAUUUCAGAUCCCUGUUGGACUGCUUUGUGACCUUGGUUAAAGUGCAAUGCCAUCAAUAUGUAAUUGAAAAACGUUAUCACUGUACAUUCUGUCCAUACAGAAUACAAUUGACUCAUUGUGACCUCUGUGAAAACCAUCAAAACCUUCAUACUGCAGAUUACAUCUGUUUAUGAGAGUGGAAAGUGGGAUGUAGUCAAGUUUAACUCUUCACUGAAGCAAAUCUAAGUCAUUUAACAAAUCUAUUUCCAUUGACCCUGCUCACAUCUUCCUCUUUUUAACCCUUAUUUCUACUGCAGUAAGCAGAUGGAGAAACUGUGGUUGACAACCCAUGUUUCUACAUCCGUACACACAGCUGGCUUCUAAUGAGCCAUGCAUUGAAGUCACCAUUAAAGAGCAAUAAGUAAGACUUUGUUAAUUGUACAUCAGAAGUCUUAGAUGCUGCACAGCAAGUAAACCACCUAACGAAUUUAGUGAUGCCUCAUGAGUAAGCAUAAACAGGAGCACGCUGAGGUACAGUAGGGCUGCUGAUGCCGUAUUGCUUCUAAUCGUUUCUAGUCGAGCUGUGUUGUCUGGUUAUGCAAGUGGCCUAGAUCUAAGUUAAUUCCAGGCCCUGCAAAUGCAAGCGAGAGCUGCCCAUGAACAUGGAUUUGCACAUGCUAGAAUGUAUGUGCUAAACAUAGGAUCAUAGGAUCACAUGUUCGUGUUGAGUUUGUUACCACGUCACUUAACCUGCAUCUCUGAGAGCUCCAGUCAGAAGAAGUGCAUCCAGUUUAAAAUUUCCAGCAGCAACACAAGAUUUGUAUAAGACCCAGGCAUCCAUCAGAUUUUGCCUUCUGUGCACCGUGCCAAAAUCUUAAAGCUUAAAGAGAUCACCUCCCACUGCCAAUCGGCACUAUCUGCUUCUCCCCUGCUGCCACACUCUCUCUCUCUCUCUCUCUCUCUCUCUCUCUCUCUCGUUCUCUAUAUCUCCCAAUGCUGAGUGGACCACUAAGCUUCACUGUGUACUUUUCAAUGUCGGGUUGAAAUGAGUGUCAUGCAGUGAUGGACAGUGGUGGAGGGGGCAGUUGCGGAAGUCAACAUAUUUUUUUCUAAAACUGGACAUUGUUUGCUGGAGGGAAUUUUCCAAAAGGCUUUAUUUGUGCAUUUGUUUACUCCUCUGCAGCCAACCCUCCCCCAUUUCAUCAGCGGCACUAUUUAGACUUUCGUUUAUUUCCCAGAGCCCCUUCGCUUCGAAGUGAUCCUCAUGAUCUUUAUACAGACGUUGAACUGCUGAUAUAUUAUGUUUGGAUUGUAAUGACCUUUUUUUAAAAAAAAAAAAAAAAACGGUUCAAUGGGAAUUCCAACAUUUAAAUGAGAGGGAACUAUUU